AUGGAGUUUUUAGGGACUUCUCAGACAGCCAGUUACUGUGGCCCUAAGAAGAGCUGUCUGUUCCCUGAACCAGUCCCUACGAGCACCAUGCAGGACAGUUACCAGACUUACUACCUGCCAGGUUAUCGCUACCUUAACUCAUGGAGACCUAGUCUGUUUUACAAAGUGUCUUCAACCAUUCCCAGCUCUGAUGAGCGAGGCAAUGUCUCACUGAGGCCACCCACUAUACUGCCCUCCUUGCGAACUGCCCUUUAUGCUCGUUAUAGUCCCCGUGACUGGAACCAGGCAAACCAGGUUCAAUUCAAAGGAUCGGAGUGUUGCCGGCACUGGGCUGGCAGGUUGAAUGCAGAUUCUCUACGACUAAUGCAAGACAAGGACCAGCUGACCCAGCAAAUGCAGGAUGACACUGGAACAAACAUGGGACAGAGGCUCUCUGACAUUGAAUUCUGGAGGUCCGAGCUGAUCUAUGAGCUUCAACGUCUGCUGACAGAGACUCGUGCCCUAGACAUAGCCAAAAAGCGGCUUGAAUGUGCAGCUGAUGAAACUGAAGGGCCACUGAAGGUAGCCCUUGAAUGCUUAUAUAACCGAGAGAAGCGGAUGGGCAUUGACUUGGUUCAUGAUGAUGUAGAAAAGAACCUCAUAAAGGAGGUUGAUAUGUUCAAAUCUUGUCAAGAAAGAAUGAGAAAACUUGCAGAAAGAAUUGACCAACAACUGGGUAUCAACAGAGAUGCUCAACAUGCGCUGGAGAGAGAUCUCUCUGAUAAAAGCUCAGCCCAUUUUAUUGAUGAGAAGUGUUAUAAUCUUAGGAACACAUCAGACAGCAUCAAAUUCUACCAUGGAAUAGAAAAAAUAGAUGGCACUGUUUCAGUUCCUCAGACAUGGGCAAAGUUCAGUGAUGACAACAUCAGGAACUCCCAGAAUGCACGGGCCAACUCUGCCAAACUCUGUGAAGAAAUGGAGAAUGUGCUAGAGAACACAUCUGAGGAAAUGUGGAAACAAUACACUGAUACCAACCUGGCUUUUGAUCAUCGCAUUUCUGAAAUAGGCGAUAUCAAAAACAAACUGCAAGCACAUCUGGCUAAGACACUUCAAGAAAUCUUCCAGAUAGAAAAUACAAUUAUGUUGCUGGAGAGAUCUAUAAUGGCCAAGGAAUGUCCACUGAAAGUGGCUCAGACCCGCCUGGAGGGAAGAACAAGACGACCCAACAUAGAACUUUGCUGUGACAUCCCUCAGUUUAAACUCAUCAAUGAAGUUUUUACUAUAGGUGACACAUUACAGACCCUGAAGCAACGCCUUCGAGAUGCCCAGGAUACUCUUCAGCUGUUGGUCCUUAACAAAUCAAGACUGGAACAUGACCUUUCUGUGAAGGCAAACUCCUUCUUCAUUGACAAGAAGUGCAUGGACAUGCGUAAAACCUUCCCCAGCACCCCACGGCUCAUUGGCUACACUUGAAAUAGCCUGAGAUGUCCUGAUCUUUUCAUUAUCUGACAUAAAAGUUUGCAAAUUAUGAAGGAAAUAUUUUUCAUUUUUAAAAAAAGAAAAAGCCCAGUAGAAAUAAA